AUCAGUGAAGUGUCGCGAGGCGGCGUUAGGAUGCGGUUGGCAGUUUACCUAGUAUCUUUUCAAAAUAUCCUAUCUUACCGUUUCCUGAAAAAAUAUUCGUUCCUGGGAUACCACGAAAACACGUCUUUUGUCCGAGACAGUCGAAUUCAGUCGGCGAAGUCGGUGCGUGUGGGGUCCCGAGUGAUACACGCUUGAAACCCUACGAAGGGAUGAAUAUUUAAAAACUAGUCUUCAAAUGCUCUCGUGCGAGCUGCUUUUCUGCUGGUGCUUCGCGCCUGAGGUCUCUCAAUAGAGCACAAGUGGCUGGACUCAAGGUUAGGCCCACCAACUAGAUUGAGAGUGGGGGACGAUAGUGAGCUGCCUCCAAAGCACACUAACCAGCGCCACUGAGCGGGGACAGUGUGCCAUGGAGCGCUUCGUGGGUCGCGUCGCCGUGGUGACCGGUGCCAGCUCCGGCAUCGGGGCCAACGUCGCCAAGGACCUCGCCGAGGCGGGAAUGGUCGUCGUCGGAGUCGCGAGGAGGAAGGACCGCCUCGAGGACUUGUCUGCGUCGUUGAGCGCUGCGGGCGCCAAGGGUCGUCUCGAGGUCGUGCAAGCGGACCUGUCCAGUGUAGAGGAGGUUCGCCGGGCCUUCCAGUGGGUGGAGGACACUCUGGGCGGAGUGUCAGUGGUGAUCAACAGCGCUGGUGUCGUGGCCACGGACAUGAUUCAAGAUUUGGACCUAUCGCAGAUUCAGAGCAUCGUCAGCACCAACGUGACCGCAGUAAUGGCCAGCUGCAAGGAGGCAGUCAGCAGCAUGAAGAAGCACGGCAUCAAGGACGGCCACAUCAUCAAUAUCAACAGUGUGGCCGGGCACGUCGUAGUCAAUAUCCCCGGGAUGUCGUUCUCCGCCUACACUGCGACCAAGUACGCCGUGACUGCGAUGUGCAAAGGCCUGCGGUUUGACGUGCAGAGAAUUCCUGGCUUCAAGAUUCGCGUCACGAGCAUCAGCCCAGGAGACGUACACACCGAAAUGGCUCAUGUCAUUUACUCAUCGGAGACACCGGAAUGCAUUCUCCAGUCUGCAGACGUUUCGAACGCCGUCAUGUUUGCUUUAUCCUGUCCCCCCUCAGUUGAAAUCACUGAGCUCACCAUUCAGCCAACGGGAGAGAUGUGCUGACCACGACAAAGGUUUCGACCAGAGCCCAUGAUCCCAGACCAGCCCGCGUCCAAAAUCUGGCCACAAAACACGAGUAGCAUUUGCUCCCUCAACGCCUGCGAAGCCGAAGAUAGGCCUGCCCGCCAAGCACAGCUGUUUGGUUGGCUGCUACCCAACAGGCGCUCCCUCCUCGACGUUCUGUAACCAUUCAGUUCACGUUCGCACGCGUUUACAACACAAGAUCAAGGCGAGGCUUUUACCGGCCGAGCUCAAGGGGUGACCCAUUGUAAAACUUUGUGCACCAUGAUUGUGAAAACGUGCUGAAAUGUGCAAGAAUUCUGGCGCACCUACUUACAGGUUGUUUUUUCAUCUGAAUGCGGAAUGUGUUCAAGUUUUGUACAAUGAACGUGGGAACGUGGAAAGUGGGAAGUUGUUCUUCCUUCGGCCGAGUCUGUGCGGAAACGUGACUAGAAGCGAAUUAAAAUGGGCGAUUUGAUUCA